GAAGGCGCUAGUGUACCAACCACCUCAACUGCCGCCACCUCCUCUUAUUCUUGCGACCCCAAUACUUGCAAAGCACCUACCUGUAUGUGCGCAUCCCAGAGUCCACCCGGAGGACUUUCUCCCAAAGACGUUCCCCAAAUGGUGGUCGUAACUUUUGAUGACUCUAUUCAAGAUUCUCUUUACCAAACAGCAAAAAAGAUGUUGAGCACAACAAAACCUUUUGGUUUGAUUCUAAUUCAAUGUUAUAGGUACGUCUCUAUGGAAUAUACCGAUUUCUCGCUCGUCCAGCAGUGGUAUGCAAGUGGAAACGAAAUCGCAGACCACACUUAUUCCCAUGUUGGAUCCCCCUCUGCCAAGGAAAUCUCGAGCUGCAAGUCAAUGCUCAAUACUUAUGGUGGUAUUCCCAAAGGAAAGAUUCAAGGCUUCCGUGCUCCAUUCUUGAACUACACCAAGGAAACGCUGAGCAACAUUGCUGAGCAAAGCUUCUUGUAUGACUCGAGUGCUAGUGGAGUUACUGAUGACGCUUAUUGGCCCUACACACUUGACAAUGGUAUGGCCAACGAUUGCUGGACCGGCAUCUGCGCAUCCGGACAGGUUAAACUUCCGGGUGUGUGGGAAGUUCCCAUGUACGCUGUUCUUGAUAACAAGAGCAUUCCUCAGCUUAUGGAUGUUUAUCUUGCCGGAGAACCACAAGAUGUAACUCAAUGGAGCUUGGAUGCCUUUAACAAGAAGUAUGAAGGAAACAGACAGCCAUUUGGUAUCUACGUCCACCCUACUCAUUUGACUACAUACCCAGGUCUCCCAGAUCCCAAGCCAAUGUUAGACGGUGUACUCAGCUUCCUCCAGACUAUUGCCGCAAAGCCCGACGUCUGGUUUGUCACUAACCAGCAGCUUCUCCAAUGGAUGAAGAAUCCAGUCAAGGCCUCUGAAUUCGGUCAGCAAGAUUACAUGAAGUGUCAACAGCCAGUUAUUGCAAAGGAAAUCUGCAAUGGUCUUGACGAUGAUCACAACAAUCAGAUUGAUGACAAUUUGUUGAACAACUGUAAUUUCGGAACAUCAAACUUCAAGACUUGUUUCAAUUGUCCUAAUGGUGCUCCUAGUCUGGCUGAUCCUACGCCGGCCUCGGCUGCUCAGAGCGGUUCAGCUGGUUAUAGAUAUCCCGUUCCCGAUAAUUGCGACUCUACUUGGUGGGAUCCUAUUGGUAAUGCUUGUCUCUGUACCACAACUGACUGUCAGUACAAGGAGGUCGUGGUCACCAAGCCCACAGCAAGCAAUUCAUCUGUGAACCCUCUUGGUGCAAAAGAAACCUCCACCCAAACCAUAAGCGCAGCCUCCCCCUCAUCC